GGGCGAGCAGCGACUGCGCCUUCUUGCCGCGGCACGGCGAGCGCCGCCAGCCUCGGAGUUUUCCUGGAGCAGCUUUCGCACCGGGAACACUUUUGGUAGAAAGGGAGCAGGACAAGACCCCGAAAUGACUUACCUCCCGAGGCACGGCUGAAGGGGACUUACUGGAGUGGAGUCGUAGUGGAAUUUGGGUUUGGAGAGGAGUUGCGAACGCUUUUUUUCUUUUUCUUUUUCUUUUUUUUCUUUUUUUUUUUUUUUUCCACUCCUGUUCCCUCUUUUCACCCGUCAUUGGAAAUGAACAAAUUGCACUUGCAAUUCAGAAAGUAGAAAUAUUAAAUAUUCCAUCCCCUGGGAAGCACAUAUGUAGUAAUGACAAAGGAUUGCAAAGGAGAGAGUGGCUCCAGUUUCCCAGAGAGAUCCCCUUAAAUGGAUUACUAAAUGGGACACACCAUCAGCUAGUUCUGUCCUCUAGCUGCCCAGAUAGAUGCACCGAAAAGUGUGAAGUGAAGAAGUCUCCCAGCUGAACUACUAUGAGGUCAGAAGCCUUGCUGCUAUAUUUCACACUGCUACACUUUGCUGGGGCUGGUUUCCCAGAAGAUUCUGAGCCAAUCAGUAUUUCGCAUGGCAACUAUACAAGACAGUAUCCGGUGUUUGUGGGUCACAAGCCGGGACGGAACACCACGCAGAGGCACCGGCUGGACAUCCAGCUGGUCACGGUCAUGAACAGAACCCUCUACAUUGCUGCUAGGGACCAUAUUUAUACAGUUGAUAUGGACACAUCACAUACAGAAGAAAUUUAUUUUAGCAAAAAACUGACGUGGAAAUCUAGACAAGCUGAUGUAGACACAUGCAGAAUGAAGGGAAAACAUAAGGAUGAAUGUCAUAAUUUCAUUAAGGUUCUCCUAAAAAGAAACGAAGAUACUCUUUUUAUCUGUGGAACAAAUGCAUUCAACCCUUCUUGCAGGAACUACAAGGUGGAUACACUGGAGUUCCUGGGUGAUGAGUUCAGUGGAAUGGCCAGGUGCCCCUACGAUGCAAAGCAUGCCAACGUUGCAUUGUUCGCGGAGGGAAAGCUGUAUUCUGCCACAGUGACUGACUUCCUAGCAAUAGAUGCAGUCAUAUACCGGAGCCUUGGAGAAAGCCCAACUCUGCGGACAGUGAAACAUGACUCAAAGUGGUUGAAAGAACCAUACUUUGUCCAGGCAGUGGACUACGGCAAUUAUAUUUACUUCUUCUUCCGGGAAAUAGCAGUGGAGUACAACAGCAUGGGAAAGGUAGUUUUCCCGAGGGUGGCUCAGGUUUGCAAAAAUGAUAUGGGAGGAUCUCAGAGAGUGCUGGAAAAACAGUGGACUUCCUUCCUCAAGGCUCGUUUGAACUGCUCAGUUCCGGGUGAUUCACACUUCUACUUCAACAUACUGCAGGCAGUUACAGAUGUUAUCCAUUUCAAUGGCCGGGAUGUUGUUUUAGCAACCUUCUCCACUCCAUAUAACAGCAUCCCUGGCUCUGCAGUCUGUGCCUAUGACAUGCUUGACAUUGCCAGUGUAUUCACUGGGAGAUUCAAGGAACAAAAGUCUCCAGACUCCACAUGGACACCGGUUCCUGAUGAAAGAGUGCCCAAACCCAGACCAGGUUGCUGUGCUGGUUCUACAUCAUUAGAAAAAUACUCAUCCUCUAGUGAGUUCCCAGAUGAUACUCUGAACUUCAUCAAAACACACCCACUGAUGGAUGAGGCUGUACCUUCCAUUGUCAAUCGACCCUGGUUCCUGAGAACGAUGGUCAGAUACCGCCUGACCAAAAUUGCUGUCGACUCUGCUGCUGGGCCAUAUAAGAACUACACUGUGGUUUUCUUGGGAUCAGAGAAGGGAAUCAUCCUGAAGUUCUUGGCACGGACAGGAAACAGCGGUUUCCUAAAUGACAGCCUUUUCCUGGAGGAGAUGAACAUCUACAAUCCUGAAAAGUGCAGUUACGAUGGCAUGGAAGACAAGCGUAUUGUGGCCAUGCAGCUUGACAAACCCAGCAGCUCCCUUUACGUUGCCUUCUCCACCUGUGUCAUCAAGGUUCCCCUGGGGCGGUGUGAGCGUCAUGGCAAAUGCAAAAAGGCCUGCAUAGCAUCCAGAGACCCCUACUGCGGCUGGGUGAAGGAGAGUGGGGCGUGCACACGGCUGGUCCUUGGUGCUAAGCUGGUGUUUGAGCAGGACAUAGAACAUGGCAAUACAGAUGGCCUGGGGGACUGCCAAAAUUCCUUCGUAGCCCUGAAUGGACAUUCCAGUUCACUAGUUCCAAGCACCACCUCUUCCGACUCUUGGGCUCGACAGGGUUAUGAUGCUAGGGGACGCAUGCUGGAUUGGAAGGAUCCGCUUGGUUCAUCCGAAAAUACAGAUCCAUAUGUGGCAGUUUCAUCCCAUAAUCAUCAAGACAAGAAGGGAGUGAUUCGUGAGAGUUACCUGAAGGGUCAUGAUCAGCUGGUGCCGGUCACCCUGUUGGCCAUUGCAGUAAUUCUAGCUUUUGUAAUGGGGGCCGUCUUUUCGGGCAUCGUAGUGUACUGUAUCUGUGACCAUCGCCGCAGAGAUGUGGCUGUUGUGCAGAGAAAGGAGAAGGAACUGACCCACUCCCGCCGCGGCUCCAUGAGCAGUGUUACCAAGCUCAGUGGCCUCUUUGGAGAUGCUCAGUCCAAAGAACCAAAGCCUGAAGCUAUCCUCACACCUCUGAUGCACAAUGGCAAGCUGGCCACACCAGGCAGCACUACCAAAAUGCUAAUCAAGGCUGACCAGCACCAUCUGGACCUGGCUGCCCUGCCAACCCCGGAGUCCACCCCAACCCUGCAGCAGAAAAGGAAGCCCAACCGUGGCAGUAGAGAGUGGGAAAGAAACCAGAACCUCAUCAAUGCCUGCACAAAAGAUAUUCCCCCAAUGGCCUCACCCGUGAUCCCAACUGACCUGCCACUCAGGGCAUCUCCUAGCCACAUUCCCAGUGUUAUGGUUCUGCCCAUUGCCCAGCAAGGCUACCAACACGAGUAUGUUGACCAGCCAAAAAUAAGUGAUGGGGCUCAGAUGUCUGUGGAGGACCAGAAUGCCACCCUUGAGUACAAAACCAUCAAGGACCAUCUCAGUAGCAAAAGCCCCAGCCAUGGGGUUAACCUGGUGGAAAAUCUUGACAGCAUGCCACCAAAGGUACCUCAGCGGGAAGCCUCACUCGGGCCGCCGAGCACCUCCCUGUCUCAGAGUGGCCUGAGCAAGCGGCUAGAUGUGCAUUCUUCUGCUUACAACGUGGACUACAAGAGAAACUACCCUACAAACUCGCUCACAAGAAGUCACCAGGCAUCGACCCUCAAAAGAAACAACACCAACUCCUCUAACUCAUCACACCUCUCUCGAAAUCAGAGCUUCGGCAGGGGUGACAACCCACCGCCAGCUCCGCAGCGGGUGGACUCCAUACAAGUCCACGCUGCACAGGCACAGGCCAUGACUGUAUCACGACAGCCGAGUCUCACCACGUACAACUCUCUGACCAGGUCAGGGUUGAAACGCACGCCCUCGCUAAAGCCAGACGUACCUCCCAAACCUUCCUUUGCUCCGCUCUCCACGUCCAUGAAGCCCAAUGACGCGUGUACAUAAUCACAGUGGGGUGGGUGGGGGGAGAACGGCAGUUAAGCAGAAGUUGCCCUUGAAAGAGAGUGUUCUGCAACUGCUCCUCUGAGAAGAUGGUUGUUGCAAGCUAAGGACAUGUUUGUUUCUGCUCUCUGGGAAAAGUGGAAUAUUUUUUUAACCCGAGCCAUAUGACCUAUGGUUGAAGGUUUGCAAUCGCAGGACUCGCCCCCACAGCCCUUCAGUUCUUUGCUCAAAGGACUAGCCCUCCAUCACAAACAUUGAGCCAAAAGCACACAGGUGAAAGAUGACUGUGACAUUUCACCCCUCCCCCUCCCCCUCAAACUGCACAGUGCAUUCCUGAACUGGGAAAGAGUGCUCUGGAAAGCAAAACCAGUAAUUAAAAACAAAAUAAAAAUAGGAAGAAAAAAAAAAAAAAAAAGAAAAAGAAAAAGGAAAAAGAAAAAAAAGAAAGAAAAAAGAAUCCAUUGAUAAAGCUAACUCUGACUUAACAAUGGCAGAAGUUUACUAAAUGCAGGUACUGUGAAAUGCCCAUCAGUGUUACAGCCAUUUGGUUACAGCAGUUAUAAUGCCGUGCUGGGCAAACUAUGUCAUAGAUUUCUGCUACCUUUCUCUUUUAAUGAGUAACGUGACUGUUAACGCAAGUAACUCCUCUUAUUUAUUGUUCAACUUUUGUUUUUCCUAAGGAAAUGACUUCCGCAUAUCAUCCUGUGAGCAGUUCUUCAGAGAAGUACCUUGAAAGUUAUACCUAUUUAACGUGAAACCCGUUAACUGGAGUAAUUAAAACUUUUAUUUUUCCAAUAAAUUCACUGAGUUAAUUAAGUUGGAGCUGGAAUUCUGAACUUUGUGCCUGGACUGUCUGAUUAGCUGAAAAAAAACGGGGAUAUCUAUUUAAAUCUCUCAGCUAAUUAGCUGGCUUGGCCUCUGACCUAAGACAGCGACAAACAAAUACCACAGGUUCAUAACUUGUAACGCAACUGCAAGAGAAACUCUUUAAAAGCUGCACAUUUGUGCGCCAUUGCUAUCAACAUAGCUUUGUCAGUAGCUAAUUCUUUCCGUGACGGCACCAGCUUGUGAAUUGCCAUCUCAUUUCACCUUGCAUGUGAGACGGCAAACGAAAUCCUCAAACAGUGUGAACUAAUUAAUAUGCCGGCUGUUACCAUGCAUAAAUUAUGGUCUUAUCACACGGGUUUUUCGUGGGAAUAUAUCUGUGAAUAGCCUGUUUUCUUCCACAUGUAAAUUUGUGCCUUACACCCUCAGUUGUGUAUAAUUGUGAGCUGUAGUAUGUAAAAAACCUUUUUCUUUUUCCCCUCGGAGUAAUGCAAAUAUUUAUUGGUCCUCCCUCCUCCGCGCCCGCUCGAGAACUGGAGCAAGGCAUUCGAAGAAGAAUGCGGCGGCUAUCAGCAUCACCCCACAACCGUUGCUAGACCAGGCCAGUGCCAUCCCCUCUGGGUCGGUUCCACUUUCCAGCCGUGCCAAGCCCUCUCCCCAGGGCACUCUCCCUCCGCGCUGCCUUGCAGCUCCGUGCCUCCCCCCACCCAGCGACCACUCUCGUGGCAGCAGAGGAGACACCAACACCUUGUCCUUGGGGACAGCGUUGUCAUCCAUCUGCAGACAGGCACCGGGGCAAGAGGGGCCGUGCCUGCAAGCAGCCCGGCAGCAUAUCCUGCAUCGCACCGGGCAUGCGGAGCUAAGCCGGGUGGGCAGACUCCUGCUGCAGCGACCUGCUGCUCCGGAAGGAUGCUGCAUGUACUCCCCUGGGGAAAAAAAAAAAAAAAAAAAAAAAAAAAAAAAAAAAAAAAACAACACAAAAAAAAAAAAAAACACAUUUUUGUUUGUUUGUUUUUUUUUCCUUUGUUUCUUUGGUGCGACUGUGCAUGUAGCUACGUGGGAGUGUGCGCGCGCACAGGUGUGUGCGUGUGUGUGUGCGCGCGCAGGCGUGUAAGUCCCUUUUCCACUCUUUCAGUUUAUGCAAAAAAGAAAGAAAAAAAGAAAAAAAAAAAAAAAGUAGAUGUGUUUUAAAUUUGUUACGAUAACUGUGUCAACAUACUGUAGACAAACGAUGGGGAUCGCUUCUAAGCUUUUUAUAUAUAUAUAUAUCUAUAUCUACUGAACAGUAUGUUUGAGUAAGGUGGUUGUUUCUGUUUCAAUUUGUUUUUUAAAAUUUUAUACUUCAAUUUGCUUUCCAGGAUUUUGGUUUUGUUUCUGAAUGACUGAAAAGACAGAUUCAAGUCCGUUAGCUUAUAGAUGGUAUAUAUAAAGUCUGAAUGGUUUAGACCAAAGUGUGUAACAAGGGUGCUUGCAUGUGAUUUCAUUUCAUCAUGGUUUCUUUUACGACACGGUUUUGUUCACCUUUAGUGAACUAUGCAGACUGGAUUAGGUAGAUCUGUAUCCAAAGCAAUGUUGUUGAUUUAAUAAAAGCAAACAGAAAAGAAGAACUUUAAAAACCAUAGGUAGCAAGGUCAUUUUUGGAAAGAACCGACUCACAGCCUUUUCACCAGGCUCCAAACCCCCCCCUCCCCCUCCCCCUUCCCCCCCGAGUACCAAAAUGCACAGGUCCAUUGCUAUGACUUGGCAGAGUCUUCUGUCAAAACACAGAAAUGAAUAAUCACAGCAACAGCUCGUAUGGCGAUCUGCCUUUGUAACAUACAUUGCAUCCGCUGCUCGUUUGACCUUGAAAUGCCCGUUUUGUACUCAAUGGAUUUUCUGUUCUCAUUCUCCUGCUUCACCCUUUCUUUCGAGGGGUUCAUAAGCCUAUGUGUGCCUUUGCUUUCCACCCUUGCUAUACACUGGUAGAUGCAACAGAUUCAGACUCUCAUUUGCUGUAAAGUUGUAGAGUAUUGUGAUGUCACCGGUUUCCCUUCAUUUCCACAUCCCCGUAACAUCAGAUUCACACCUUAAUGUACGUUGUAAAAAAGAAAAAGGAAAAAAAAAAAAAAAGAAAGAAAGAAAAUUAAAAGACAAAGAAAAAAAAAGAGAAGGAAGGAAAGAAGACGAAGAAAAGGGGAAACAAAAGUUCUUGAUUACUUAUGGUAAUAAAACCAGACUGUUCUACCUUAUUUCUUGUGCCCUACUUCCUUUGUUUCUGUGAGGAUCCAUCGUUUUUGUUAAAAUCAAGAAAGAAAACUGUUGUUUUCAGUCUCUAUCAGAAAAUAACUUGUCUUU